AUCUGUCCAUCUAUCAAACUUUCCAUGUGUUUCAUUAGAUUUGGCUCCAGUCUUUUAUCUCCUAACACAUGACUAGUAAUUAAUAAUGAACACAUCUUCAUAGAGACUGGUCCACAGUUUCAUCAAAUAAAGAGUGCAUAUAGUGAGAACAGUCAUGGCUUUUCAGUUGAUCACUUCAUUUAACUUUAAACUGUAACACACAGAUUUGUCUUUUAUUUUUCACAGUGAUCCACCAUGACCUCACUGAAGGCCCUCCUGCCCCUCGCUGUUCUCCUCCUUCUGUCCGUCGCUCCCACAGAAACUGAAGUGGUGACCACAAUAUCAGAGUGUGAUGGAUUCUUUGUCAAUGGAAAUCCACCACAUAUCGCAGGAAUCUUGGAGGGAGGGAAGAUCCUGGACCAGAACAGAUACAAACCUAUUUGCCAGACCUUUGAAGACACCAGAACCUUUGUGACACUUUACGACACCAACAACAAGAUCCCAGUGUUUUCUGCUGUAAAGUACAGAGGGGAUCAUGAAGGCACCAGACCUAACCCCUCCCCAUGGAUGAUUGAACCACAGCUUGAGGACACAAAGGGCAACAAAAACAUGAUACGAGACAAUGAAAAGAAAACCUACAACCACCAGGCUGGGAACACCGACUACAAAAACAAGCAAGGUUAUGAUAGAGGUCAUUUGUUCCCAAGCUCUUAUGGAUAUGAUCAAAUUGAAAAAAAUUCCACCUUUACUCUGACCAACAUUGUUCCACAAAUAGACAAAUUCAACCAGGGAACCUGGAACAAGAUGGAACAAUGCAUCAAAUGUGUUAUGGAUAAAUACUGCAUUAAUAACAAUAAUAAAAUAGAAGGUUUUGUAGUAAUUGGAGCACAGCCCAGCACUACCAACACCCUCAAAAACAAGAUUAAUAUUCCUUCUAUGCUCUGGUCAGCAUUCUGCUGCUACAACAGCAAAGAGAAGAAAUGGCUAGCGAGUGCACACUGGGGUGAGAACAUUAAACCUAAAGACAAAUACCUGCCAACUAAGACUCUGCAUGACCUCCACAAGGAACUGGGGGAAAAAACUGAAGUGUUUCCUAAAACAGAAUGUCCUCUCAAAACAACUGUCACCAACGUUUAUAAAAAUCUUAACUCUAACUGCAACUGCCCACCGUAGGCGUACGACUCCUACUGUAACUAUCAAAUGAUUAUGAGAUUACAGCAGAAACAACAUCAGAAAGGCUUAAAGAUGCAUUAACAUAUCAGUACAUAGCUCGUGUAUACUUUCAGCUUUCAGCUCCUCAUCAAACUCACCUCCUCCUCCAACCUCAAACCCUCCUUUUCCUCCCUCUAACACGAUUCUCUCUCCGUCCCCAGAAUGUCCUUUCCUACUACCAGUAACAGAAUAACAGCGAGCUCUGCUUUGUGCUGACCUAUUUGUUUAUCUGGACUCUACAGUAAAUUCAAAUGUUGAUGAUGAAAACACACUUGUGUCUCUGUGUGAUCAGUUGAAAUCUGUAUUUGAUCCUGAAAUAAAAGUGACACAAGGAAAA